AUGAAAAUUCAUUGGUAAAAUAUAAUUGUGAUAUAGAUUUAAUUUGUAUUUGAAAAAAAAUGUCAUAAAAAAAGAGAAUGUGUGUUCGUUUAAUUUCCAUUCAACAUGGAAAUUGCAAAAUAUAAUUCUAGUUGUACUUUGAGUAACCCUCGAUUUGGAUGUGUUCCUUUACACUUUAGAUUGUGAAGCUAUCACAAUUAAAUCUGCUUGUAAUAUAAGAUUAUUAAUGAAUAAAGGAAUAAAAUCAUACGAAAAUGCGAAUGGAAUGGUUCAUAGUGUAUUGAUUAAGCUGCUCCAAGAACAACAAAAAUAUAAAAUGAUUAAAAUGCUUAAAAAUUAGGUUGGCAGCUAUAAUAUUAACUAAAAAUUUUUAAAUCUAAAGAGCUAAUCCCAAAGAUGCUUUUGGAAUAUUAAUAAAUAAAGUUGUAUUGA